AUGCCGAGCAUAUUCGGAAGGUCUGGCUCCGGCACUCCGGCCGGGGCCCGUGCCAAGACCGGGAAGUCGAUCCGGGGUGCCAUCAUCUCGGCCCCGAUCCCGAUACCCAGCACUGUCGAUGAUGACGAGUUCCCCAUGCGCAAACCCGGAUCUGCAAAGGCAUCGACAGUCACCGACGAAGAGUUUCCGAUUAGGAGACCGGGAACAGGAAUUGCCACGCCUUUACCCCUGGCUGAUGAGCAUUCGCCAUCAUUGGACGGGAAGCAUGAGCGCGACCAUGAAAAGGGAAGCGGAGACGAGAGGGAUCUUCCAGACGAGGUGGUUCCCGUAUCCUCCAUGUUGGGCGGCGCUGUCGACAAAGAGACUGGCGAGAUCAUUCCCGAAGCGCCGUCAGAUCCACCACCUGGGCCUCCGUCUCGCUUGAGUACUCCGGCCGGGGCGCCGCCGGCACCACGAACUGCGUCCACAACGCCACCAAAUCGCACCUCACCGCGAGGACUUUCGCCGCAAGGGAUUUCGCCAUCUAGAGUGUCACCGCCGAGGGCAUCACCACCGGCAAGAAGAGCAACACAACCAGCAAUCAGCACGCAGCUCAGGUACUCGACCAUCAGUGAUGCGCCUAGCAAAAACACCACUCAAAGCACUGUGCCGCAGCGGAAGAAAUCCACACUGCGGUCGGCUUUGGGAAAGCUAUUCGGCCGUGGCAAGAAGAAGCAAAAUGUUCAGGACACCAGCCCUACGCCGAUCCCGGAAGUUGAGCCUGUCAGCUCGAUACAGCAUAGAAGUGAUCCAACUGCACUCGGCAGGCCAAAUCACCCACCAGCAAAGCGCUCAGCUUCACUUCCCAUCAGCGAGUUCGACCGGCCCCUGAGGUCACAUUCUAUCGGCCCUGACGACAUCAUGGCCAUUGAGAGCGCACGAAACUCGAUGCAGUUGGCAGGAGAGGGUGGUUCAUCUGUUGCAAACACGAAUAAUCGUCGCAGAGCUGCAACGACGACCAGCCGGAUGAUGUUCCAGCAGCGGUUGCGCAACCCAGAAUGGGGAGCCGGUCUAUCACCACGACCUGCGAGUGCUCAAGGACGGGGUGGAAGUAGCAAGGAGGAAAACCACGCCGUUACGCACGAUCCGGAUGAAAUCGGGCGUGCCAUCACCAGUGAUAGCGGCCACGGUCUGCGGCGGCGGUCUAGGAGCUUGUCUGGUCUUCAGGACUUUGCCAAUGCCCGACCUGUGACGGCCCGGAGACGAAGUGAUGAGAUGCGUUUCUGGCGGCAGUCAUACGACCCAACCGGUCUCAUGUCGCCAUUAUCAUCCAAUGCCCCAGACAUUGACGACACAGGCGUGGUGGAUGUCAGCGCCCCAGACAGCCCAGCAGUCGAAGUGCCACCAAAAACACCGCCGCAGCCCUUCAAUUUUGGUCUGCUGUCCAAAGACAUGCUCGGCAUGAAAAUAACCCAUGCUGCCAACUUGGACACCCGAGUCGGAAACCUCGAGUCGCGAACUCGCAAGCUGGAGAGGGUAGUCACCCAGCUCUGUCACGCCGUCCCCGGAUUCAGAGGUCCCCUAGGCGAUACCACUCCCACUCCCUCAACGUCACAAAACGAACCCUUCCCAGUCCAAAAGAAGGUCUCGGUCCAGCAACCCCAAUUCGGCUUUUCCACCUCGACGCCUCCACCAACGAUACCAGCCAUCUACAAUCCCACCCCCCCAACGCCCGUCCAACCAAGCAGCAGCUCCCGCAAGUCACUAGAAACCGAAGACAGGGACACUCACUCCCUUUUAUCCUUUGGCGAAGCACCCACCUUUAUCGGCUCCCUCCACCCGCCGUCCUCGUCGGCAACCCAAGCCGCCCAGUCUUUGACCGUCGCCGCCCCACCACCACCACCACCACCACCACCACUACCACCAACCCCCAUCCCUUCCCGACCAACGGAAGAAACCGUUACGCAACUCAAAGCCGAACUAGCAUCUGAACGCGCCGCCCGUCGAGACCUCGAGGCUCAAGUGAGGAAACUUUCCGAGCGGCUGAAUACCCUGUCUUCGACUGUCUUCGCCAUGGUGCGCAGCCCGUCCGAGUCACGGUCUCAGGAGCGGCUGAUUGCGCCGGCUGCGUCGAGUAGUAGUUUGAGUACUGGGUCUCCGUUGCUGUUGCCGAAUAGUCUGAAGGGGACGACGACGACAAGGGCAAAGUCGCACGUUCCUGCUGUUACGCAGCAGGGGCAGGAGCAGUUGAGUGUUUUUGAUGAUGAUGAUGAUGAGGAGGAGGAGGAGGGGGAGGAGGAGGAAAAGGACUUUCAGACUCCGAUGGAGGUGGUCAAGUACGGGGCUUUUGGGGAGGAGUUGAAGGAUCAUGGGGUUGUUGGGGAAGAAGGGGGAGAUGGGGAAGGGGAGUGGGGAGGGAAUUUGGAUGGGGAUGGGGGCGGGGGAGGGGAGGAGAAUAAGAGGAGGAAGGCGGCGAGGACGUUGAGUUUGAGUCAGUUGACUUUGGGGAGGGGAGGGGGGAGGGGGCAGGUUUGA